AUGUUUAACAAGAAGUUAGUUGUGCUUUUGAUCCUGCUAAUUGUAUUGGUUGAUGGAGAUAUACCGCAUGUAAGUGCUUCGGUUGUACUGUAGUUUGUUUUGAGACCAACUACAAAUAUAUCAUGAUAUCUCAGGUAAAUCGUUUGUAAUCUUACCUAUGGCUAUUGCCGGCCAAUGGUCAUUUUAGUCAUUAUUUCCUCCUCCACCCACUAUUUAUAUCUCCCUCUCUUCUUCUGUAAAUUUUUUCUGGUGGUCGAAGCGAAUAAAUGAGUUAUUAUCUAGCUAAUUCACGUUUUUAACCGGACCUAAUUAGAUUGUUAAUUUUCUGCGAUUAGAUUGCAAAUACUUCUAACUGGACUGAUAAAUUUUCUAAUUAGAUUGGCGAAGCUAAUUAGAUUGCAAAAACACUGAUAUUAGAUUCAAAAUUUAUCUAAUUAGAUUAAAAUUUCGGGCAAACCUAGCUAGAUUAUGCUUAGAUUGCAAAAUCAGCUAGCUAGAUUCAGAAAUCGGCAGCAAUCUAACUAGGUCCAGUUAGAAACGAGAAUUAGCUAGUUAGAUUAGAAACGAUUUGCCUGAGUUGCCUGAGAUCUUCUGUAGGUGUCAAAUGUAGUAUGAAAAUGCUCAGAAGUUGCAUUUUAGAAUAUUUCUGUUUUUAGGAAUUCCGAAGAAUGUUGAAGCAUGCAAAAAGUCUAGAAGGACUCCUCAAAGAUUUACAUGUAAUUUAUAAUCCUGAACUGACAAACAGGCACAUUGAAAAAAGUUCGGAACCAGGUGGUUAGCAGGAUAUUGCGGAAUAAUUAAACGCUGAAUAAUAUUUUUUCUACAGUGGCUAUGUCGGUAAAAACGGGAAGUGUCUCUCAACGAAUAAUUUCUCUGCACAACAUAAGCGAUGACCAGAUGGAUGGUUAGUUACAUAUCUGAUUAAUUCGUUUUCAUGUGUUUAGGAUAUACUCUGUUCCAUCUACAAAGCAUGAGAGACAUAAAACAGGGAAAUGACACUUGCAAUUUACAAUCUGUAUGUGUUCCUGUCCCACAAUUGUCCGACGAUCCCCAACUGCUUACGUAUCCUAAAUGCUAUGAAGUUAAACAGUGCGUUGGCAGCUGUUGUAGUUCCGUGGAAAAAUGUCACCCCGGAUCAGUGAAUCUUGUGAAGAAACAUGUGAAUACAAUAUUUACACUUCUAUAACACUGAGACUCUCUAUUUUAGGUUGCAGAGCUUCUGUACAUUGGAAAUGGUCGUUUCAUGUUCAAUAUGACCAGAGAAAUUACCAUGGAAGAACAUACAUCUUGCUCGUGUUUUGAUUGCGGUUCUAGUGUUAGCAUGUCUUGACAAAUAUCCCUAUUUAAAUUUAAGCUGACUUAAAUUAUGUUUCAGACACCAAUUUGUGGACAAGGGUACGUUGUCGGAAGAUCAUGUAAAUGCGAGUGCGCGAACACAGAAGAUAGAAGAAACUGCGUAGGUUAGCGUACGUUUCAACUUACUCGGCUAACGUCUGCAACUUUUCAGCAGAACUUCAGAAACUUUUACCUGAUUUCUGCUAAAAAGCGGUUAAUGUUAUGCGCAAAAUUUUCUGAAGUUCUGCGCAGAACUUGCUAUCGCCUUAAAGGAUCAGGGAACCCUCCGAGUUUAUGUGUCUGACUGAAUUGCUUCUUAUUGCCACAUUCACUGCCCGAGCCCCAACUUUCAGAAAUACCUGUGAAUGGAACAGCGCUUAGUCAAAGUUGUGGCCGUGGCCCAGAAAAGUUCUAGGCCUUGUGAUCUUUUCCGGAUUUUUUUUUGCGUUCGGCACAAUCUUCCUACGUUGCAAAACAUUCACACAAAUCAGCAUCCAUACAUAGUGGAAGAGCAUCAAACUGCUCACAGGGAAGAGUUUUUACACCAGAGUUUCCUAGGCCACGGCCACAACUUCAACUGCACGCCGUUCCGUUCAUUGGCAUUUCUAACUCUGGCAUUUCGUUAUUAAUCUAAUCGUAGUGUACUCGAGUUCUACGGCGGCCUAAUAAUUAGAUUAAUAAAUUGUCUAGCUAGAUUAAUAAAUCUUCUAUUAUAGGGGCACCGGACAGAAAGGGCGCGCUAUUGAGAAGAGCCCGCGAAAACCUGGGGGACUCUAAAUUUGAAUGGUGUGAGAAGAGAAAGUUAGUCCGCGGCCACGUAGGCUGCUGCAGAAAUUUUUGUUUUCCUUCUGUUUUUUCGUUUUCUUUUUAAUAAAUCGAUUGCGUUCUCACCUUUUUCGCAGUGAAUUUAAUUAAUUUUUUCUUUUUCAUGUAUAGAAUUUCUAUAAAAAGCUAUCGCAGUCGAAAAAUGGUGCACGUCGUCAAUGUUUUCUCUUAUUUUCCGCAAACUGUUGAUUGAAUCUGUUUAGAAACACAUAUUUCGAACAUGAAAAAGAAAAAAUUAAUUAAAUUCACUACGAAAAAGGUGAGAACACAAUCGAUUUAUUAAAAAGAAAACGAAAAACAGAAGGAAAACAAAAAUUUCUGCAGCAGCCUACGUGGCCGCGGACUAACUUUCUCUUCUCAUACCAUUCAAAUUUAGAGUCCCCCAGGUUUUCGCGGGCUCUUCUCAAUAGCGCGCCCUUUCUGUCCGGUGCCCCUAUAAUAAUUAGAUUGAUAUGUGCUCAAAUCAAGUUUCACGCCAACCGUCUGCUGGCUCAGAUCUCGAUUGCGCCAAGAAAAAACAGUCCAAUCUAAUUAGGUCGCGUUUAGUCUAAACGGUUUAGAUCAGAAACUUUCUAAUUAGAUUAAUAUCGAAUUGCCAGAGUUGCCAGAGGAGUAAGAGUCAGCAUUUUACCAGUGUAUGAGGCAAUAAGAGACAAUUCAAACAGACACAAAAACAUUUCACAAAAAAAAUUAAAAUAUUUGAGGGUUCCCUGGUCCUUUAAAGUUUGCUCAAAAGUGGCUAAGCUGUUGUUCAAAAGCUCCUGAAGUGUUGUUCAAAAAUUGAUGGCGCUGAACGUUAGCUCAGAAGUUGCUGCAGUGUUGUUCAAAAAAUGCUAAUUCCAAACGUUCGCUUAAAAGUUGCUGAACUUUUGUUCAAAAGCUGCUAUCACCCCAAGGUUUGCUGAGAAGUUGCGGAGGUUUACCGAUUAUAUUCCCGUAGCAGAAGUCUGGAAAUCGCGCUCUACUGCUUUCAAUGUAAAAUCUGUGCUUUGCCAGUAUAUAACAUUUUCAGGAAAUAAUCAUUGGAAUCUGGAGACGUGCCAAUGCCAGUGCACAUUAAAGUGUGAUAGAGAUAAAAUUUUGAACACUAGUCGUUGCGAGUGCGUGAGAAAACGACACCCAAGUCAUUUGGGUAAAAAAACGGUCAGCUGGAACGAUUCUGAAAAAUUUAAACAUACAAUUGCAGGUCCUACACACACGUCAUCGAGCACGCCCAAUUGACAUUGCUGAAGUUCAAAAAAUUGCUCAAUUGCAAGUUGGAGAGAUUGGAAGAUAA